AUGGGGAAUGAUCAUGCCUUGGAGAUUUCUGAUGAGCUCGGGUGUAAAACCCAUAUAGAAAAUAGGAUCAUGAAGAUUGUUAGAGGGACGUUUGUGGUAAUAAAAGGAGAAAAAAUACCUGCAAAUCUAUAUAUGCUCAAGGGAGAAACCCUGCAGGAAGCUGAUUUAUGUGUGGUGUCAACCAGCCGUGGAGAAGAACAAACCAUGAUAUGGCAUCGCAAACUAGGUCACAUGUCAGAACGAGGCUUGAAGAUUCUCUCGGAUCAGAAGCUGCUUCCUAGACUUAAUUCGGUAGCUCUUCCAUUCUGCAAGCAUUGUGUUACAAGUAAGCAGCAUCGGAUGAAGUUUAACACAUCAGGUUCUAGAAGCAAGGCUAUUCUGGAACUGGUUCAUUCUGAUGUAUGGCAAGCACCGGUUACAUCCUUGGGAGGAGGAAAGUAA